AUGUCCAAUCUUUCCGAAGAAUUUAUCCUCCCUCCGGAGACAGAGGAGAGCAGGCGUCGGAGAGAGCAGUCCGAUCGAGCUUCUGCAGAGUUGGGCAGGAGGCUUCUUCAAGGAUGGGCAAUGCUCGGAGAAGAAUGUCCCAACUCGACCUGUUAUGGAGUACCUCUAAUGCGACCUCCUAACCAAGGGGAGGAAAUGUCACCGAACAAGGUUGGUAUUCCACCGAUCUGGAACGAAUGCGAUCUGUACCAAGUUUUGCUUCUGCAGGAAUGUGUGAUAUGCUGCAACGUCUACAUCACGGAGACAGGUCCCGGAGGAGAGCGAUUGAUACUUUUGAACCCGCCAAAAAACGAGACUGCAUCUUCCUCGUCCUCAACCCUCGCUCAGCUACCAACGCAGCAAGUGAUUCCUCGCGAUCCUGUGUGCGUUCCAGCAAUUUCGAACACACUCCAACCCCAGACACAAGUGGUGAACCCGGAACUUUUGCAAGUUCUGACUGAAACGUCCACCAACCUGCAGUCCACCUUGCAUGGCCUGUCCAACAACCUUACUGCACUGACACCGAGGGACUACAUGAAUCCUGAAUCCAUCUGCAAGCUGGCCAACGCAAUCAGUGACGUUACGCAGGCAUUGAGACAUGUAGAGCAGCUUCGGCGAGAUACGCAGUAGUCAGAAUGUAAACAAGUGUUUGCAGCGCUUCAC